GUAGCAAAGACCAAGAGAAGGCUGAUUCUUGAGUUCUGUCAAAAAUUCAGUAAACGUAUGGCCCAGUGUGGUGUCAGGGCUCAGAUUAUUGGCAUGUACAGCAGCCUGACUGCCCUGUUAGACGAGCUUCCAGAUAUCCGCCAGUCCCACUUCCUGAUUGGCCAGGCACAUGAGUUAAAAGGCGAUAUGGUGCUUCACCCUGACCCUAGGAAGUUCCAGCGUCGUCCCCGGAGCUUGCUGUCAGCUGAUGGCAGAACAGUCCUUAACCUGUGGUUCCUACCCCACUACACUGAGGUUCUCCUGAUGUUCAAAACCCUGGAUGAUUUGGCAUGUAGCCAAGCUCUUCACCAUACUUUGGAAAUAGUGUCAGGCCUACAUGACAUCUUCUAUUACCUAGUCACUUUCGCUCGCCUGGGGAACCCAGGAGACUUUAGCUCCAGGAGACGAGGAGCCGGACAGCUUACAGCUGACUGGGGUGGCUGUGAAGGAAUUGGUGCGGAGCUGUGGGAGCUGCAGAGACAGGUGGACUCUCUGUGUGACCCUGGUAGUCCUGAGGCUGUGGCUCGUCUGUUGCAGCUACGGAGACACGUGCUUUUCCUGCAGUAUGACACCGCUGUGAGGCACCUCAUCAGGGAGGCAUUUCUCUCCUCUGGUAACGUUACAGCCUAUCAGAGCGUUAGUGACAACAUGGGACACGCCCUCCCUCCGCUGAGUGACAGUGUCCUAACCAAUCAUAGUUCUCAGCUGCCUUUACCUCAGCCACUGGAACCUCACUCAUCCUUGGCUCAAAGGAUGUACCCAUGGAGAAGUUUUCUGACAUGUUAUGGGUUGUUCCCUGUAGACAUUUGGGACAUCCCACCCAUUGAAAACUGCCUGCAGUUGUGUCUGAGUGGGCUGGGGGACCGCAGCAGGAUGGAGGCCAAUGGAGCAAUCCUGGGCAUGUCUCUACUAAUGGAGGAUGUCCUUGAUAGCGGAGGGGUGGGGGCAGCACCAAUACGUCUCCAUGACAAAAAAGAGGAGGACUCGCGUGAAAAGCCUGAGGAGGAGGAUGUUUGCAGUAUGGAUGGAGGCGGUGCUGAAGAAGGUAAUGAAGAGAAGAAGCGGGUCUCCUUUGUUCCCCUGAAGGACCCUCUCCAGGUGCAGUCUGUGUUGAAGGGUUUCCUGCUGCUGACCAAACAGUUAGAGGUUUUUAAAGAAAGCUGGGGGAGGAGACAGCUAAGAGUGGAACAGAUAAAUACCCUCAAGAUCUUCAAGCAGUUCUCAAGUUUGUACAGAGCUGAGAUCCAGUAUCCCAGUAUGAAAGCCCUAGCUCAACACAUGGGUGAAGAGAAGGAAUUUGAGGCUCUGCUAUCUGACAACCAGCCUAUACUGCCCCCUGCAGGAGCCUCUGAGGUUCACAUCAAGACAUUCCAGCUGCUCAGGCUGCUGGAGAGCACAGAGUGUGAUAUGAUUAGAGCGGUACAGAGGAGGAUCACCAGAGAGCUGACCCUGGUGACUUCAGAGCGAGCACGUCAAGACACCGGCCUCCCUACAGAGUUGUGGAAACAGGGCCCCAUGAAAUACAGUUUAUCCCCAGAGAGACCUCAGAUAGUGGAGAACUUCACUCAUCAGUUGAUGGAGGGAGUUGAAGAGGCUGAAGGUGGACAGCUAUUGAUCCCCAGGGCCCACCUGCAGCAUUGUCUGUCCACUCUGGGCUGCUCUGUGAUGGAGAGAGAACGCAGAACCUUCCUCCUAUACUCCCAGUUUUAUGAACAGAUCCUGGAGCAGGAGAGACAGCUGCUGUACCACAGAGAACAGGAUGUGAAGAGCCUUGAAGGGUCCCAGUGUGACACCAUCAAUCCUUACAGCGAGCUCAGUGGGCUUUGUCGAGGGAUGAUGAUGCAGACCACCACUCUGCGAACACGGAUCGCCCAGCUGGAGGAAGAACAAAGAGGUUUGCAGCAACAGAUAAGCCUCCAAUACAGGCAACGCUACGACUCCCUGGUCCGACAGCUCUUUUCCACCUGCAUUCAACUAAAGGCUAGGCUUGAGGAGUACCAUGCAAAGAUGUACCGGGAUGUUACUCAGCUGGUGAGCCAAGUGAGGACAGAGGGAGUUGACAACAUCAUCAAGCUGAAGAAGAAGUUUGGUUCCACAAAAGACAAUGAUGCACUUCUGACCACACAGUCCAAGAAACAGGAGCUCCAUGACCUGAGCAGGGAGAACUGUCAGAUGACUGACCUGUUGUGUAAGGUGAAGGCAUUGUCCCAUUGGAGACGGGUGGCUGGACAGGGCAAGUUGCACCGUGGACUUCUCCACAGCCAGCAGAGGGAGAUGUCCUGUCGGAGGGAGGCCCUAAAAAUUAAGAUGAUGUCAGAGGAGGAAGUUAUCUUACUGAAGGAGGAGCUGGAGGUCACUCAGAGGGCCAUGGCACAAUGCCAGAGGGAGAACAACCACACCAAGAGACUGCUCACCAAACAGAGAGCCGAGCUCAAUGAGGUGAGUCAUCGCUCUGCUCAAGAGGCCCAGAGCAGGCAGGAGUUGGACAGCUACCGUCUGCAGAGCUUGGAGCAGCUGAGAGAAGAGGUGGAGCACAGAGACAAACAGCUCCGAGACCUCAGUGCUCAGCUGGACAGGAGUGACAGAGAGAGACAGCUACUGAGACAACGCAGCGCCAAAGAUAUCAGACAGGUGAAGGGACAGCUUCAUCAGGAACGCUGCCUCAAACAGGAGGCUUUCCAGUGGGUGGGUAAGCUGCAGAGCCAGGCGGAGGACAUUGAGCCGUCUCUCUCCAGAAUCACCUCAACAGCAGGGCGAAGCAAAUCGUCCUGUCACACUUUCCCUCACAACAGAUCCAGCAUCAGAGGUCCAGAUCAUUCUGGCCCACUGCAGGACGGAACCAAAAGGGAUUUUAACACCCAGCUGGAGAGACCCAAAACAGAACCUUUGCGUCUGCGGAUCCUUAAUACAGAGACCCUGCUGCCAGACCUCCCUGUUGAAGGCUCAACUUCCUCCAGUCUUCUCACAGACCUUCAGCAACUAAGACGCAAUAAUCAGUAAAAAUGUGCCAUAAUAAGAAUGAAAACAAGCU